CACAACCUGUAACCCCUAGUGAUACUGAUACAAAGAUGUGUUCACCUCUUCAAAAGAAAGCUUUAGCUCCAUACAUAAAGAGCUUAGAAGAUCAAAGAAAUGUUUUGCUUCCUAUGCUAGAUACCACGAGUAAAGCUAUUGAUGAAUGCAACUUAUGGAUAAAAGAAAAAGAUGGAAGCCAAAAAACAUUUCUGGAAAUGAUGCAAAAAUUGGAAGAAAUAAACAAUAUAAAUUUUCAGAUCUACACUUCUUUUCUGAAAAAAAGUCACAAUGAUGCUGAUGAAUUAACGCAGACAGAUAUUUCUACACCAACAAGCCCUGGUGGGGCGAAUUACCCUGACGUGUUCCAAAGUAUCAAACCUACCAAUAAAUAUGAAUUGAACGACGCAAAAACGGAAUCGCUUGAAAGAAAAUAUCAGAAGUUAGAAGAGGAUUUCAAGUUAUUAAAUGAAAAACAAAAAUGUUUUGAGAUUAAACAGAACUCACAAAUCAAGAAAUCAAAAUCUCACGGAAAGCAAAUUGAUGAACUAGAGGCAAACGUGAAAACUUUGAAUGAAAGAAUGGACGCACAAACUAAAUUAACAACUACACAAUCGGAUACAACAAAUCAAAUAACAGAAUCAAUGAAAGAAGUUAAAAAAUGUUGUACAAUCAAUGAAAAGCGAAUGCAUGAAACAGAGAAAAAUCAUCAAAUACUUUUAAAUAAAUUAAAUCGUAGUGAAGCAUCAAUCAAAGCAAUAUCAGAAAAGGAUUUAAAGUUUUCCUCACAACUUGAGAAUUAUGAAAAUAAAAAUAUGAACCUGGAGAAGAAAUUUGAAGCCCUGUGUCAGGUGAUUGCAAAAAGGUACAACGCUAUGGAUUCAGUAAAACAAGUUAUAAACAAGCUCACUUUAUCAAGGGAUAAAGCUUACCUUAAGCUAAAUGAUAAAAUAUCUACACUGGAAGAAACGAUGAAAAGGUCACCGAUAGGAUUUGCUGCCCAAUUAGGCUAUGAAGUUAUGCACCCUUCAGGAGAAGUGAUCAAAGAUUUUUCUAAUGUACUUUUCAACAACGGCGACCAUUUUGACCCAAACACGGGAGAGUUCACUGCCCCUGCUGAUGGGGUUUAUUGUGUGAGUCUUAUGAUAACUGGUUAUUUUGACACUGACGACAAUGUUCAAAUAAUUGUACGGGUACCUACAGGAGAGCAAACAAAAGAAUCAAAUGAUGAAAGUAAUGAUCAAGUUUCUCCAGGGUCUAAUGGCAGUCAAACUAAUACUGAUGAUGACAAUGAAACAGAAUUUCAACGUUUAACUAUUCAACAGGGCUAUUUAAGUUGUGUAGCAAAUGUUUCUUUAUACGCUGGCUAUAAAGUUCUUCUGAGAUUUAUUUCAAGAGAUGCGAACGAUAAAAAAGAUUUUUUAAUAUUUUUUUGUUGCUAUAAAAUCAAUAACGGAGACGACUAGAAUUAACCUAAAGCAAACAAAUAAAUGUAAACACUUUUAGUUAAAGCACCACGAAGAUCUAUUUGUAAACAGCCACACAUGUUUUUUGUGUGUAAUAUACAGUAUAUUUUUGCAAUUGUUAGGUUAAAUGAUAUUUAUAAAAUAAGGAUUGUUGUUUUACAUUUAAGGGCGAUAUAAUAAUUUAUUAUUCUUACCCGUUAGAAAAUCAUAGAUUUUAUUUUACCUGUUUUAUUAUCGUGUUCCAUAUAAACAGUUAUAGUUGAAUAUCUGAGAAUUUCAAAAUGGAUCUUUAUUUAUCGUUUAUAUUUUCUAAUU